UUAAUGAAAUUAUACGGGUAGUGCAUUAGGGUUACGUCAGAACGCCAAAAUGCAAAUGAGUACACUGCACACACGCUUGCGCCGACCAGGCCAAAUAUCUCGCUCCAUAGGAAGGACGUCGGUGGUACGUGUUCAAGCACAGAGGGGCAGCUCGGGGUCUAGCCCGGAGAUCCUGACUGCUUUCUUCUAUGGCCGGGCGCUGGCUGUCACUAUCAACCGGCGGCUUAACGAGGCCCUCAUAGACGUGGUCAGCGAGGUCAGCAAGGCAAUGGCAGAGCAGCCGCAACGGAUCGCUGAACUCCAGGAAGAAGUAGUAGCGCUGGCGCGCAAGGAAAUGUCCUCUGCCGGCUUCCUUCCACAGAACUCCCUGUCAUCCUCCAUGUCUACCGCUGGCAGCAGCAGCAGCAGCAGUAGCUCCUCCGGAAGCCCUGCGGCAUCCACCACAGCCGCCCCUCAGGACCCGCAGGCCGCUGUAGACGACCUCCGAGCCGAAAUCGCUUACGCCCGGGCAGCCCUGAACGAAGUCCGUACUAAGACGCGACGGCAGGCCGCGCAUCAGAACUAGCGCCUGGGCUGCAGAGGGGUAAGGUCACGCAGUACAGCCCGGGGGAGGCGGGGGGUACUGGUGCUGUAGCGGCGGCGGUGCUGCAGCGGGAAUGUUGAGGGCAGGUGGGGCCGCACAGCAGCUGCUCAGCACGGUUGAGGUCUCAGCUGAGGAGGUGUGGAUGCGGCAGAUAAUGACUGAUAGCGAAAUAGGGCUGCAGCGUAAUCGGGAAAGGGAGUCUCCGCCACGGACGAUGCAUGCAACACGAGAGGCAGGACGCAAUGGACUCACAUGUUGCUGCUGGGUUGACGACGACGACAACGACUUCCACGACGCUUUGCAGACAUUGCAGUGGUGCUGGAAAGUGCUGCCAAGAGCUAUACCGCUGGCAGGCAUUCGGGCAGGCAGUAUCGGUGCAUGAACGGUGAAGGGAAAAGGCUGGAAGCUGCAGGGAGGUAGCAGCAGGAGCAGCAUCGAGGAGCAGCAGCAGCACCAGGAGGGGCGUCCGUCCAGGAGCAGCCUGUGCUGGCGGUUCAGCCGAGCCGCACAGCUGAAGGAUGGGAGGCAGCUGUGAAGGACCGGGCUGCGACUGUGCAGCAGUUGCAGCAGCAGCAACGGCAGGAACUCCUGUGUGUGUGUGGCUGCGCGUUACCUCUCGGUUUCUUCCCUGGUGCAGUAGCGGGAGCAUUGCAGUUGCAGAGCGCCCAGAGCAGGCAGCACAGGAUGAACAAUACCGGUAACGAAGGCGGUUCAGAAGCAGCAGCAAUAGCAGCAGCAGCGGAAUCCUGGAGUGGAGGGGCGUGUCGCUCGCUUGGGGAAGCAAUCCGGAUGCAGCACAGCCAACUGUGGGGGCAACAUCUACGUGUGUGCGUGUUGCUUUGGGCCGCAUGGACCCGAGGAUCCGAGGCAGGGUGCUUUGAAGGGGAUGGCCCUGCUGCCUCACAUCCUGGCCAGCCGCGCCAACCUCACCCUCACCGCCAGCCUUUGCAACUCCUUACAAUUGUUACAAUCCGGCUUUACUAGGCAACAGCUGCAGCAAUGAACCCUGCAGCGACGUACGGCAACAACCCUGCAGCAACUGGCCCUGCAAAAUGGCCCUGCCAGCGCCCCUUCAAUCAAAGGGCUGGCUUGGCUGGCUGCAAACCGAUAACAGCUCAGCCUGUUGGUGGAUGCCAGUGGGGUUCGGGAUGAGGACCCUCUUUGGUCCCCGUGGCUCCGCUCGCCCCUCCUGCACAUGUGGGUGCGGGAUCACGCUGCGACUGCUCAUCUACCCUCUCGGUGGCACGCCGCCCGCCCGCCCGCCUGCUAGCUGAUGACCUUCCUGGGCCCCCGCCCCGCCAAUCAUCCUGCCUCUGCGCAAGUGCGCAUGCCCGCCCCCGCCGCCUUCCUGCACAUGACCUCGGGAAUCGCCCUACAGCCCCUACCUGCAGCUGGUAGUGGUGUGCAGCUUCGGGUUCCUCGGCUUUGCAACAAUGUGGCGCCUAAACAGUAACCGGCUACGCUCGUAGAUGCAGCACGAUGCCCCGUCAUCGUCUUGCUGAAUAGCAGGCGGCCGUUUGCCACUCAAAACAAUCCACGUAAACUAGAUCGACAUGGCCUCCCUUCAAUGCCUAAGGCCCUACUCCUUAGCAGGAUGGUCGGACGUGUAUGCAUAUGCAUCCAGGACGUCAGCUCCUUCCCUUACAACCCCCGCACCGCCACCACCCUUUCGCGCCCCCUCUGCUCCUCCUCCUUCCUUUCCUCCUCCUCCCGCUCCUCCCUCUUUGCGUGUCUUCCUCGCGCCUCACGAGCCACCAAACGACCCCGCCAGCAGCCGUUUCGCCACCUCCCGUGCGCCGAUCUGCCCCACCUUCUCAUUCGUGAUGACGAACAACGGGGUGUGGGUGAGCAGCUUGUGGAAGGGCGGGCGGCCGGACCGCAUGAGGAACCCCUCCAGCAGGGAGCCCUGGCGCACGCGGGGCAGCAGCUUGGGUGUGAUGCCACCCGCGAUGUAGACGCCGCCUGCAAGGAAGGGGAGGGAUGAGGAGGGAUGGCGUGGGAUAGAGAGGAAACGACUAACGAACCGUGUGAUACGGCGUCAUCAUGGUUUGCAAUGGUCAACAUGGUUUGGACGGGGUGCGAGGCGACGAGGCUGGGGUUGCGCAAUCGGAGCUGGCCGUAGAUGGGGUGUAGGUUGUAAUUGAGCGGCUGUAAGGGUGGUGGUGGAGUGGGGUUAUUAGUUAGUUGCAGACGAUGGGGUUGGUCAAGUGCGAAGAGGGUUGCGAGGAGGUUGCGUAGGGGUCGGGGAGGUGUGGGUUUAGGGGUUGGGUGGUGAAGGGCGAGAUGAGUGAGGGUAAGGCGAGGGGGUAACAUGCUUUGCUACUUGCAUGUGCAUGAGGGGACUUCAGUGAGACUUCAAUAGCAGAAUACGAUUAGACUUGCAGGUGUAGCAGUAGGAGCAUCGCAUGAAUUGCGGACGUUGUAGAUGUUUCAUGGGUACCGUAGUUUACAUCCCGGAGGUGUGGCUCAUGGCGGGGCAAGGCACCCAGGAAAGCAGUGACACGAGUGAUACUUGGAAAGGUAGUGGGAAGCUGAGGGGGCGGGGUGUUGAGACGCCCUGUAAACCGGGUGUGUGGGCCCUUGCUGCCCAUCAGCGGGAAGGGGACGCAGCGGGGAAGGGACGCAGCGAGCGCAAGCGGAUGAAUACGGUUGACUUCCGAGCUGCUUCGGGCGUCGGACGGCACACGUGCAACGGCAGCUGUAAUAUACCGUGACAGAGCUCCCCAACAACACCCGCCGCGCCCAGCCUCACCUUUAGCCAGGCUCCUGAGUGCCAUGGCCCCCGCCUCCGCCC